AGACAGACGGCCAGCUCAAAGAGGAAGAGCCCACAGCCCACAGCCGGAGAUGAUCAGAGGACUUAUUCUCACAGGACUACUGCUCCUGCUCUGGAGCCAGAUGGAUGUACAAGCUCACAUGUUGAGCAGACACAGUCCCGUCAGCAACAUGGCCAAGCUGAAGGGCUUGCUGCAGCAGCUUGAGGAGGCGGUGGCCGCAGAAGAGGCUCCUGAGAGAGCCGUCGAUUAUGAGGACAGCCUCCCGGCGCUGGAGCAGAGCCCGGCUUCUGCGUCCUGGGACAGAGACAGAGACCGAGAGGAGGAAGCAGCUCCGGCGGAGGACACCAGCCCCCCGGAUGGAUUUGAGACGCAGAGGAAUCGCCUCAUAGAUCUCCUCAUGUCAACCCGGAGCAAAAGCCUGUCUGGCUGUUUCGGGGGACGGCUGGAUCGUAUAGGGUCCUCCAGCACCCUUGGGUGCAACUCUAAAAAAGGUUAGCUACAAUGAGAGAAUAAAGUAAAGUUAAGAUUACAAAAUAUAUUUAUGAUACAUAAAUUAUUUUACAUCUGGGCAGUUGUCCAUAAACUUUUUAGCUUAAAAUGUACGUGUAUUUAAGAGAAGGAAAAAACUCAGUAAAUCUAAGUCAAAAGCUAAGGUCCUGUAACUUUUACCAUUUUCCUCCCAAUUUUAAAUUACCUUCAUCUUCAAUAAGUAAUUUUACAUGGUUCUGUGGUGUGACAAAUGAACAUAAAAUUAAAAUUAUCUCAUGUUAACUGUGAGAAAAAAGAAAAGAAAAAAAAGAUACUAUUAAUUUUCUGUCUGGUUUAUUGUACAGUACAAUAAGGUCGCAUUACUUAACAUUAGUUAAUACAUGAACUAACCCUAACUAACAAUAAGCUACGCAUUUAUUACAGUAUUCAUUUAUCUUUGUUAAAUUUAUUUAAUACAAAAACAACUGUUCGUUGUUAGUUAAUGUUAGCUCAGGACCAUUAAAUUAUAUGAACAAAUACAUCUUUUGAUGUAAAUUAUUAGUAAAACAAAAUGAGCAUUAAGAUUAAUAUCAUCUUAACUAAUGUAGUCAACUAAAUGAAACCUUAUUGUAAAGUGUUGCCCAUAAAACUGAACUCAAUGCAAUGCGUAAUUUGAAAUAUAUGGGGGAAACAUAAAACAUGUGAAAAAUAAACAGAACAAUUGCUUCAUUGUGUCAUAUAACAGUAUAUUGGCCUUUUGUAGUAUAAAUAUCAGUGUACUAUAAACAUUAACUCAUAAUUGCAUGUAUUAUGGAAAAUACAUUUGUGGAGUAGAAAACAGGUUGAUGAAAAAUAACUUUACAAAAUGCAUGCUAAACUGAAACUGUGUGGACAUUUCUGUUAAAACCUUGAAACAUGGAAAUGAAUGUAACGUGGAAAUGAAACCAGCAAUACUUUGUUACAAAAUUCUUCCUUAUUUUGCAAUGCCUGUUUUGCUUUAUAUUAUCUGAUGGUUCAUAUUUGUUUGAUAUAUUUAUUAUGUACAAGUAGUUGAGUGCUAAUAAGGAUGUGAUAUGUGGCGGUACUCACGAUAAUUAUGUGCAUUAAUAAUGUUUUACUUAUUCUGCAGUCAUUUAUGAGGUUUAUGAGAUUGCAGUUCUCCUGUCUGGUGUGUAGUUCUGCUUUUAAUGAAGAAUAAGCGGCAUCGAAGUUAUUCUGAUAUUCCUCUUGUCACAUUUGAAGAUGUACUUAAAAAUAAAAUGUUGUUUCAAGAACAGUAUGAACAGAUUUUAAAGGUUUUUUUAGUUGUAGAAAGUGAUAAUAAAAUGAUAACAAAAUCCA